AUGGGCAGGUUCCAUACCCGGUUGUAUAAAACCGACCGUGCGCGGGAUUUCGAUCAUGAGCAGGAUCGAUAUGUUCGCAUGCGACAGAUCUACGAGACUAUCGACCGGCAGGGCUAUCAGUGGAUUGUCGUGCUGGUCGCCGGUCUUGGAUUCUUCCUCGAUGGCUACACAUUAUUUGCUAGUAAUGUAGCCCUACCGAUGAUAUCCUACGUGUACUGGAGAGACGAAGUUGGCUCGUUACGACUCCCAGCCAUCAAUAUCGCAACACUUGGCGGAACCCUACUAGGGCAGAUAGCAUUUGGAUUCCUAGCCGAUAAGAAUGGGCGGAAGAAGAUGUACGGUGUUGAAUUGGUACUCCUCAUUACAGCCACCCUGGGUGUGCUCAUGUCCUCGUCAGGCGUGGACGGCAGUAUGAACGUCUAUGCAUGGAUCAUUUGGUGGAGAAUCUGUGUCGGUAUUGGAGUUGGUGCAGAUUAUCCACUCAGCGCUGUGAUCACAUCUGAAUUCGCCCCUACCAAACAUCGAGGCCGCAUGCUGGCCUCCGUCUUCUUUAUGCAACCACUCGGUCAAAUUGCAGGAAAUAUUGUCGCAUUGAUUGUGAUUUCAGUGGUUCGUGGGAACCACGUUCAGGGAGACGACAUCACUCGCACUGUUGAUAUAAUGUGGCGCUGGGUGAUUGGUAUUGGAGUCGUACCCGGUGUAGUCGCUACUCUUUUCCGGUUCGCCAUCCCUGAAAGCCCUCGUUACCUAGUCGAUAUCGUCGACGAUCCCGUCACUGCCGAGUUCGAUGCAACAACACUUUUCAGUGACACGCCCGGUCUGCUUGAUUCCGUGGGCUGGGGAAAUACUGCCACAUGCAGUGCCGGCAGUGCGAUUCAACUACCCCCGAUUUCAUCUAUCUCUGGCAGUUCAAUUAUGGAUGAUGAUGAAGAGGAUGAGUUUACCCGCCUCCCUCCCGCUACUCUCAACUCUCACUGGCGGUUGGCGCAUUCAGACAUCGUGCGGUACUUCUGGACAGAAGGGAACUGGCGCAGCUUGCUUGGUUGCUCUCUUGCAUGGCUCCUCCUUGACUUCGGCUUUUAUGGUGUUGGAUUGUCGAGCCCUCAAUUCUUAGCUAAGACUUGGGGCACACUUCAUCUCACUGAGGGGGUCUCGGCUCCGAACUGGAUGACCGACAAUAGACCAGGUGCCGAUGUCUUCCAGAUGUUCAUGGAUACCUCUGUGCACGGCUUGAUUGUGCUCAAUGUCGGAAGUUUUGUCGGUGGCAUACUGCUCAUUGCCUUGGCCCAUAAACUGGAUCGCGUUGCACUGCAGAAGUACAUGUUCCUCGCACUGGCGGCUCUAUUUAUCGCCCUGGGAACCAUGUUCGUCUGUCUUUACUCCUACCCUCCUGCCGUGGUAACAUUGUAUAUUAUCGGCCAAAUAUUUUUCAACUUUGGUCCCAAUGGAACUACCUAUAUCAUCCCCGCUGAGAUCUUUCCGACCCGAUACCGCGCAACAUGCCACGGCAUCAGCGCUGGAGCGGGAAAAUUGGGUUCUAUUCUCGUACAAUUAUUCUCCGCAUUCUACCACUUUGGCUCAGCGCCAGGUAGCCAAUCAACCCGCAGACACGGCAUUGUUCUCCUUGUUUUCAGCGCCUGCAUGAUCCUUGGCGCAGCAGUCACUCACUUCUGGGUUCCACCUGUCCAACAGAGACGGCAUGGCAAGACUCAACUUUGGGGUGCUAAGACCGAGACUCUUGAAAGUUUGUCUCUUGGACGAAUGGGCCGCAAGAGUCGAGAUGCCGAUUGUCGAAAACGAACAUCAAGGCAUCGGGCGCUUUCAAUGAGUGCGUAG